AAAUGUCCGUGCAUGAUUACAUUGUUCUGCUAAUAUAUGGCCUAUCGUCAUUUAUUGGACUGACGAAUGUCGGUUAGAAAAGUGUUACAUAUGGCCCAACCUUAAAAAGGACUGCUCAUGUUUAAGUUGUGUUCUCACUGAUUUGUUUAGUAAAAUUUUAUUCAACUAAACUACCUGGUUACAAAAAAUAGAUUUGUAUUAAAAUUCAAUAGUUGCUACUUUUGUUGUUCAUGGUUGUCAGCCGAUUCCAAACUGCAUACACACUGUUAAUGCAGGUUUGUAUACUUGAAGAAACAGAUUACAUGAUAGGUGACCGUUUCACCUUUGGCAUUGGGAACUUGUCCUCAGCACAUGCUCCAUAACACCACAUAAACAUUUAAUAAUACAACGAUACUCUCGCCUCUUUUGAAACCAAUUACCUCUAAGCCUAAGAUCUUAAUGCACUGAACUGAAACAUCUCUGGAAGCAGUACCCACGGAGGUCGGUAUUUACCAUGCAAUGCAUAAUUCAGACACACAUAUCUGCCAGUCAACUUAAAGUCAUGUAAUUUUUAUGAGCAGGAACUCAACCGAAUUCUGUUACAUACACCGGAGACACGAGCUGGCUCUGGAAAUAUCCCUGGUAGGGUGAAAGGUCAGUCACUAUAGUAUUGUGUGGAGGUGGUUUUAAAGGUUAGGGGGUUUCUUGACUUUGAGCUGGAGAUAAAGUGUUAAGAGAGAAGCAAUGCGUCAAACAGCAGUUAGACUGCUGAAGACUGGCACGUGAUCUGUGCCCUGUGCAUGACUUGGUUUGUGUAGCUUGCUCACAUUCGCUGCUUUACCUGCUCUAUCAUGUUUUACAUCAUACCAGGCCUGCAGUGCUGCAUCUAAAUCAAGUGAAGGGAAUUGGAUUAUUGCCUAAAAUGUGAUCUUUUAUCUUUUUUUACCUUUUUCUUGUAUCUAUCAUCUCCUUAAUAUCCAGUAGCUCAUUUUAUGUCCAUUUUUUUAUUAUUAUAUAUUUCAGACAGGAAAAAUAAUUUUAUUCCAAUUGUCCCUUAUCAGCUCUCCAUUAGGAUCUUCACACUGAGUAAAAUAUUCCAGUCUUGUCUCAGCAUACCUUAGGCACCAUUUAAUUCUCAUUUCUCAGUGUAACAUGAAAUUAAAAAAUGUGUUUUAGUUUAAACCCUGCUCAUCCCCGCCUUUGAAGCUCGGAGAGUAUCGAGGGGUUGAUGCAUGUGCGUACAAAAUAGAAGGUGAAACUGUAAUUCAGUUUAUUUUUCUGCAUUUUGUGUUAUUGUUCUUUUAUUAUUGUGGAAAAACUGUGCAGUUUUGCCUGUUAUAGCAUCUAAAAAUGAUUCAAAUGAAGGGAACCUCACUAAAGCUGGGUAUUACAGCUCAAUACUUUUGUUUGUACCACUUCAAAAUGUAUCUGUAUAUUGCACUAGGAUCAACAAAUUCUUGGCCCUGUGAGAGAUUUACAAUGGAUUUGGUACUGAAGCAAUUGCCUUUGCUUUGUCUCUGUAUAUUAAGAGACCACGGGAGUAUUAUUCAGCACUUUGUUCUCAACUGUUGGUGUGAAAUGUGCGCGACUGAAUUAGGCUGACGGGAUGUACUCUGUGCUGUAGCAUCCGCUCAGAAGACAAUCUGUGACUAGAAAUGUUCAUCCUUGGUCGCUUGUAUCCGAGGAUGCUUGUUAAAACAAUAACAACAGAUCAUAAAGGCGUUAAAAACGAAUAAUACGUUUUAGAAGCGCUGUUUGUCUGCAGGCAUUUUAUACCUGUAGGUCUGGGCUGUUGCUUCAAAGUAGAUCCCUGUGUGAACUCAACACACAGGCUGGCUCUGCUUUACACAGCCUUGUGGAUUGUACAUAUUGAUUGGCUUCCACUUUCAGAUCAAAGAUGCAAAGAAGCGCAGAGGCCACAUUAGGGAUUACGGUAUUUCUUUGCGAGCAAACAUGAGUGAUUUAGAGAGGCAUAAAACAGACACAUACUAAUAUCCCCUUCUCAAUCUGCAAGGAUUAAUGACCAGAAGCUGUUGGCAUGAGUUCAGCAAUUAAAUUGGAUAGUGAACCCAUCUUUUUAAGGAUUAUCUCAUUUGGAGCUGCUGCUGUUCACAUUCACAUCCUCUCUUACCGCAGUACAUCAGAUAAGACUACUAAUAGCAGAGUAAAUCGACUCUUUCUCUCAAACAACAUCAUCACUUUCUGACAGCCUCGGAAAGAGAACUAAAUAUCAUCUUAACAUGAUGAAACUCAUGCUGCAACUUCCCAGCACUGACACGUAAUCUGUGUUUCAUGUGGGUAACGUAAGAGAGCAGGUGAUACUUGAGGAUUCCAGUAGCUGCUGGCACAGAUAAGGUUUGGUUAAGGUCUGCAGGUCUGUGUAAGAGGAUGGAUUGCAACAUGUCUCGCCAUUUACCCAGGGAAAAGGGUUUCCUCUCCACCCUGUGGUUUAUUAAUAGCGAGCUGGUGGAUGUCGGGCAGGCGACGCAGUGUUAGCGGUAUUGACACGGUUAGUGUUUCACCUGUCACUGCUGCUGAUAAGCUGUCAUCAGAGCCAGCCUAAUAGAUUUUAGAUGAGACUUUGGCCCACAGUAAGUUGAUGAAUGCAUCAUUUAUUGCACUUUUUGUGACCUUGGCACAGCCAAGGCUGUCUGUCUAAGGAUAUUAAACUGUAUUACUCAGCUGAUAUUAUGAACUUCUUCAAAUCAUAUAAAAGAGGUUAAAAAAAAUGACCAUGAUGGGCAAAACAUUCAAAGUGGUCAAGCCUAUGGAGCAAUUUCCACUUGUAAUGUCAUUUCUUUUUCAAUAGUUAGUUAAUGUUUUGCCAUGUGUAGAAAUUUUGGCGCACUAUUUGAUGUAGCUUCACCCAUCCAGUGACCAAAACCUUACUGGAAUAAUUGCCAACUAAAUUAUUUUUAAUAGUAAUUUGAAGUUCAUAAACACUGAAACAUACUUUUAUUCAUCCAAUCCAUUCAUUGAUUCGUUGUAUUCAUUACUGAUGGUGGUGUAAUUCUACAAAUCCACAGUUUGUUUUAAACCAGUGUUUUUGCUAGAUCACAAUUGGAUCUUAAAACUUUGUAGCUUUCACCAAACUAGCAUGCUUUAAUCAGGCAGGUCCAGGUGUCUAACUAGCAUGGUCAUCAUUAGCACAUGGCUAAAUAUCAUUUUAUUUAAGCUAGAUCUUUGCAUAUAUUUGUACACGUGGUGUUUACACGAGCACAAAUAGUGAUGCCUGCAAAAAUUGUUCACAGAUCCUGACCGAAAGAGGAUUUUUCAGACCAAUACAAAUACCGAUAUUUGAUGAUUUAAAAAUCUAAAAUAUCAGCCGAUAUUUUUUCUUUCAGGCGCACAAAACAGAUUUACCCUAAAAUGUAUUAUUUAUGACUUCUUACAAUGACAAUGCAGUUUUAAAAUAGUCUUGUUUUUCUUGUUAUUGUUUGUUGCAUUCAAAACGCAACAGAUUUUUAUAACAAUAAUGUUAUAGAGUGCCCCCUGGUGGACGUACUAUGCAACAUCAACAAUCAUAGCGUCGAUAAAAGAUGUUUGUACGUUCUUUUUUUCUACAUUUUCAUUUAUGAACCAUUAUAAAUGCCAAUAUCAAUUUAUGAGGAAAUAGUUCAUAUCAUCGCCGCCAAUAUAUCUGUCAGACUCUAUUUGCUAAUAUACAAUAUGUUCCAUCAGCUGACUAUAGUAAUGAAGUAGCAGCCAUCAACUUCCUUCCCUGACUUCCAUGCACAAAGCUGCUGCACCUUAUAUAACCUUUACAACAUCUCUUCCGGGAAACAAACGCUCUUUGAAUAUGUCUGUGAUUGCUCAACAGCAGCUCAUUGUAAUGAGACGGUGAACUGUGGAUUUGGUCUUUGUGGUUUCAGAACCAUUUUGGCUCUAUUAGCAGGUCAGUUUACUGACCUAAUAAAUCUACCAGUUUGUUAUGAGUGUCAUCUUAUAACUGUGACCUCAAAGGGGUACUCAUACAAUUUGUUUAUCCAACAGUGGAACUCACAAAAGAUCCGUGGAGGAUAUUAUACCAUUUUGUCAUUAAUCCCUUUCAACCUACGUGUUACAGACCAUAAUUUGUCUUUAAUUAAAAGUUUUCCACUGGUUUUAUGUCUCCAUAAUGCCAAAAUACAAAUUUCAAAUGUGCACCAACUACUGAUACCCCUGGGAUAAGUCCCCACCCUCUGAGCUGAACGGUAUAUAUGACUAAAACAGAGUGAUCUUAUUAAAGAGCACAUAUUUAAUAUGUCAGUAUAAUUUCUCACGCAGUAAACUAAACUGCUCCCUUGCCAUCUCAAGUAGAACACAACUGGGUAAGAUACGCGUAGAAUGAUAAUGUACAGUAUCCGGUAUUGCUAAAAUGAACUGGAGUGAGGAGGAAUGUUUAUUGCUCUUGGGGUUUAUGAUCGCACCGAUUCAAAGGAGCAUUAAAUUAUGUUUUCAUGUUGCUUGUGGAUUGCUUAUUUUGUGAUAUUCGUACCACCACAAUAGCUUGCAAUCAUGCCACUGCAUGUGCCUCGCAAGGUUUUAUUGGGUUCAUCCUCACAUCUCAGCACGAGUUUCAUCGUUUUUUUUCCCUUUUUUAUUUGGAGAUGUGAGAAGCUAUGAUUCACGGCGGACAGUUCUCAUUACGCAGCUGCAGUGCAAUAUCCACUGUGUUAAGAAGCGAGGAAAGUGGUUUGGUUAAGGGGAGGAAAAACAAUAAUUUGGUCUUCCUGCAUCAGUGCGGAUUUGUUAUUUGUUGCUGCUCAGUGAGAUUUUAGAUUUUGGCUUGACCCGACACAUUUCUCAACUGGCUGAGCAGAAAAGCACCACUUUAGCAGCUCUGUUGUAAUUUUUCCAUGCCGCUUUGGACACUUUCCGAUGUCGCGCACGCCUCAGUGGGCACCGAUCUGUAAGAGUGGGCUCGGUAGACAGCAGCUUCGUGUCGGGGAGGGUUGUAAUAAAAGAAUGUGACACAGGCGCGGCCUACGGGGUGCACGGUGGCAGCAGGUGGGGUGGCUAAUGACAGAUCCACUCGAGCGGGUGCCAUUGAGCCUCACGUCCAACUGUAACUGCUCGGCUGCCGUUGAAAGCCUCAUAUAACCACUGGCGCAGGGUGUGGGUUUGAAAUCUGUGUGGCGUCUGGGCCAGUUAUUUGUUUUCAACAGUUUCUCAGUAAUGCUGCCUGGUUGUUCUUCAUAUGGCAGCAGCACAGUUUGAUUAAAAUUAUGGCCUGCUGCUCGGUUUUUAUUAUGGCUUCGGGAAAGUUCUGUACUUGGAUGCGUCAUUAAAGGUAGUGCUGAGUCAUACACCUCUCCUCUGUUUACAGCUGUGGAAAAAAGGGGGAAGAAAAAAGUUCAGAAAUACAUUAAGCUCGCCAAUUCUUCCUCUGUCUCUUCCACAUCUCCCCAAAUGACUGUGCUACCUCAUUGAACACGAGAUAUUUUGUUAGCUAAGAUAGAAGCAAACAAAUAGCGAACCCACUGGGGUUCACUAGACAUUAGAGUGGCUAUAUUGCCGCACUUUGCCCUGUUGUGGAAAUUGUUUUUUUUUGUUUUUCUGCCACAAUUUGAAGGGAAGUAAGCUUUUUCUCCUGGACCAUAUUUGCCUGUGAUUGAUGGCAGGUGGAUGCGGCGCACCCCACGCAGUCCAGUUCCCCACUGAUACAGACCAUCUGGGCAGGUAGUGCAGCCCAGUGUCAUUGCAGCCACACGUUAUGGUUUAGACCAGUCCCAGGAUGUUAGGAGAAUCACUUUACAGAUGGGGGCGAAGAAGAGAGAAAACACUUUGUUUGCUGUGCAGGAAAAAGAAGGAGCUGAGUGUGCAUAUUCUGAUUCUGGCAUUUUUAUUGUUGCAUCAUUAUGAUUUGUGUGCAAGGGAAGUCAUUUCUCUUAUAUGACUGCAAAGUAAAGCCUGCAUGAGCAAACUCUGCUACAUAAUCUGCUGCUGCUGUGCUUUGAAAGUAAGCCCCAUGACAAACCCUGCAGCCACUACGUCUCUUAUGUCCUCUAAAGACCAUUCUUAACUGAUCUCCAAUGACAACCAGCAGGCAGAUUCUCCCUAAAUCAGGAUGUUGGGUAUACCUGCUGCCUAAAUAUUGUUUUGGUCAGUGGUGCACUGGGCUCAGUUUCUGCUUUUCUGCAUCCAAUAAUGCAUAAAGCAUAAAGCAGUCAUUUUUUCUGCCAUUUUACCAAUAUACUGUAGCGACACUGCAUUCCCUGCAUUGCGACUUAAUGGGAUUCUUUCUUCUUAUCUUGAGCUAAAUGUACUCCUGAUUAAGAUUUUUUUGUCUUAUUGUAAUGACUUCCGACUAAAAAGGCUUAAUGUACCAUUUUCCCGUCCUCCUUCAAUUUCAUUUCCUCUUGAAAUUGUGCUUAUUUGCUUGCAGUUCUUAGAGAGUUUCAGAAAAAUGUACUGACUCCUGCUUCGAGUUUUCCAUCACGACCGAAACUCUCAGCAGCCUUCAAACAGGCGGGAUCGUCGCUGCCUGGUGUGACAAGUUCUUUUUUUUUCUUUCAAAUAUAUAUUGAAAGAAGAUUUAUAGUUUGUUUUAGAAUAAUUUCUUGACACCUUGCAGUGUACUUUUGGCAGGCUGUGGGUUGCGUCACGGAAAAGAAGAGAAAAAAAACGCACGUCUGCUCUCUGUUAUUUACAUUGCUCUUUUUGUCAAGAGACGCUAAUCUUUGUUAUAAGAUCUGUGUCAUGUGUGGUUGUUUAAAGGUAAGUGCUUUUCAUCUAAAUAAUGUUUAGAUAGAAGAAGUGGGAGCACGGCGUGCUUGCUUUUAGCAAGAUAAUGUGACAUUAUUGUAAAGAUCACGGUAAAAUAUUUCCCUUCCAUGUAUGUAUUUGGACUGUGUGGUGCUCUUAGUUUUCAAGAUCAAUUGCGCCCUCUAGUGUCUACGUUCAUGCAUGCAACUGAUGGUGGCACAAAAAGAAAAGCCUCACUGUAUCCUAGAGGUCAUGGCUGUGUUUGUUUCAUAGAAGAUGCUCUUUCACUUUGAUUUUUGAAAGUUUCUAAUAUAUAUAAAUAUAUAGAAUUAUAGAAUUCAUCAAACAAGCUGAUUAUACUUCUAAGUCCACUUUUUUUUUCUCCCCUAUUUCUGUUUUUUUAAAUGUUUUUCUAAUUUAAUGAUAUACGGCCAACACUAAUGGUAUGCCAGCAGUUAAUUUUAUGACUCUCUCUCUUUAUGUAUGUAUAACAAGGACUGAUGGAGGACUAGAACUCAUAGUACUGCAACUUAUGUCCUAAUCAAGGGGAAAAGGCUUGAAAAUAUCUUACUGUGAGAUGUGAUGAACGAUGCUUAUCGAGUUUGUCCUGUUUCUGGCACUGAUAACAUUUUUAAAAAGUGAGCAGUGUAUAGUAAAUGUUGGCUUUGUUGAACUUGCACAGUUUUGCUGCCACUUAGUGGACGAUGUGAAAAGUGAGCCAUAGCAAAAGUAAUACAUAUUGCAUAGCAUUUGGAUGGCUGUGGCUCAGGAGGUAAAAGCAGCCACAGCUGCUGAAUUAAACUAGUUUAAAGCUGUAUGAGAUCCAGUGUGUAGGUUUUUUAUUAACACAGUGAAAAGAACAUUUUUUAAAAAUAGUUUAGUUUUAAUUAAACACAAUGUAAAAGUGAUGAGUCUCUUACUUUCUCACAUUCAUUCCUUAAGCGAUAGAAAAGCCUAGCACAAAUUAAACAAUGAUAAAUAAGUAUAGUUUUGUUCUCUGGUUUUCUCAUCAGUAUUACAUCAUGGCCAGAAAUAAAACUACACCUGCAUACAUUAUUUAUUCCAAUAAUGUCCAAACUCGAGUAAAGUUAGAGGAGCUGAUCCAGCCAUCAGUCUAAACCGAUGGUGGACCAAGUGAAUAAUUGACAUUGUGUCCUUAAUAUUAACUUCAUUAUUAUGAUUGUUGACAAAUUAUUCUGUGCAAAUUGCACUUGGUCUAAAAACUCCAGUGGCUUAGAUACGGCUGCUUAAACAUUGACAGAGCACGAAUAAGUCUCUCAUAAAAUCAGCAAAGACCCACUGUAAAUGUUCUGUAUUAUCAGCACACCAGCAAAUAUUGCCUAAUGUUUAUCCCCAGUACAUGUUGUGUUUACAAGAAAUAUGCAGCUAAUUAGAUCUGAGAUGUGGUGGAAACAUCGAGUAAUUGUGUAAUUCUGUUGAUGCAUGUUGCAGAUUUCAAACAGUUGCAUGUUUUUAGCUUGAAGAAAAGAAAACAUAGCACUCACUCUUGGUAAUAAAAUACAACAUACAAAAUGUCCAUGAAGACAUUUCCAACCAGCACGUUCUCACUCCCAAAGCGUAACAUUUUACGCUAGGUACGCUUUCAGCCAUCCAACACGUCCCUAUAUUACAAGUUCCAAAAAAUGAAGACACGUGAGAACCGUUUGGAAAUAAUCUACACGUGUGCGUUUAUUUUACUUAGAUUGCUUUGGAAAACACUAUCUAACGUGAUUAACGGGGUGGUUAAGGUUAGGGAUAAGGCUAUGGUUAGUGCUGGAAUACACGGUUGGAACCUGUGUUACCGCUGGAGCGUCAUUCUAUUCGAUUUCAUCCACAAUCCGGCGCGUAUCAUAGGAACGCGGAAGGUCACCUUUUGCGUUGCCAUGGAAUGCCUCGAGACGUGACACAUUGUCAGUAUAUUACGGGUCGGGAGUGAGAAGCUGUUCCAACACAUUCAUCAGUACUUAAAAUUAACCGAUAAAACUGCAGUAGUCAAAGUGCUGCUGUCUUUCUUUGAGUACAUCUCGUUUAAAUGCAUUGUAUGGGAACCUUCAAUGGAUAAAGCAAGAACGAACUCCAUGAAGUGUGAGCUCCACAGUUCAAUGAGUUCAGUAAGCAGAGAAUUCACUUAAUAUAUUGUACGUGUUUAUGACCCUUUUUCCAAGUACAACACGUUCCAAAGCUGUACAUGUUUAAGCUUACUACAUUUACCAUAAAAGACUUGCGACUGGCCCCUCCCCCUACUUUAAGUGUGUACUGGUAGAGGUAGAUGGCGUAGUUCUGCUGGUGGUUUCUUCCUGUAAAAGGGUGUUUUUCCUUCCCAUUGUUGUCAAGGGCUUCAUUAAAGUCGGCCGUUAGAUUGGUAAGGUUUGUCUGUGUUAUUGUGGCGCUUCUCUACCUUACAAUGUAAAGCCUUAAGAUGACUGCUGUUGUGAUUUGGCACUAUAUAAAUAAAAUUUUAAAAAAAUAAUGGAACUGAUUUAAACUGACUUAGUAGAGUGAUAUCAUUUGAAUGAAUCAUGAGCAUUAUUAGACUUUGGAGUUUUUUAAACUAGAUCAAAUGAUCCUAAAUCAAACGUGCUCUACCCUUUCACCGCUGCUUUCAGACACUUUCAUUCACAGCGCAUUGCACCAUUUUUACCAGUUACCUAAUCUGUACAAAAAGGCCAAAAUAAACCAUCAUAACCUUUUUUAAAAAUGUUUGGAGCUGAGUUUCAGUCAGGUUCCCUCUGGUAUUUCAUUUAUUCUGUGCACGCUGUGUUGAUGGGUUGCACGCACUUCGUGUUUUGGUCCACCUGCAGCCACCUCUUCAGACCUCAACCUGUCUGAUUCAUCGCUCUCAUCUCGCUUCAGUUACUGUUCGCAAGCUUCCUGCAGCUAUGGCUCAAGUGCAAUUUGCAUUUGCCUUUUCCCACCCUUAGUUCAGAAGACAGUGAGGCUAUGGCUCGCCAGCCUGUGCUGAGUCACAAACACCUACAGCCUUCCAGGAUUUCUUUUAACGAAGCGCUCUAUAUGCACAGUUUGAUCAACAGGAAACAACGGGAGGAAGGAAGCAGGGAAGAAGGAAAGAAAAGCAACAGGAGAACCAUAUCAAACGUGUGUGCGUGUAGGCAGCAGAGCACCUGCCUGCUUUAGAUGGUGAAGUGUUGAUUUCUUGAAGUUACAGGGGGAUUGCGUGCUGUUUUGAACAGUAGUCCUUGGGUUUGACCAGGCCUCGUUGUUACCAGAGAGCUCUGUAAACUUCAAAUUCCAACUUCGUUCCAGUUACGAAGCACUUAUGCUGCUAUUGCACUUUCUCUCUCCAAACCCAUGUAGCUAAUCAGAUUGUUUUUAGAUUGUUUUCCUCAAGUGGUGUGGAAUAUGCCUCAGCAUAUGCGGGGAUGAUUCACCCCAGAGACAUUUGAUUAUUUCAUCCUAUUCUCUGGAGUGUCCAAUUUAAUGAAAAGUCAUUACUGCUCCAACAUAAUUAGGAUACCCUUUGAAGAGCCAUGCUCAGCUGGUUUGGACCAAUCUUCAAACUGGGUUUGAAGAUAGAGUUCAUAUUGGGUGUCUAUACUUUACUAUAAUGUAAUUUUACUUGGUUAACUAGCUUUCAUUCACACACAUUAUACAUGCAUAUAUUCCAGCAUUUCAAAUUAUGAGGUCAGUGAAUGCACAAAUAAUCUUUAUGAGCCGAACGCUCGUGUUCUCUACUAAUCAGGCUCUUUAAACGCUCGGUUUAUGACUGCUACUCUUGGAUCUGUAUGAUGAGGGGAUAUACUGUUUAUGGCUGUCUCAGGAACAGAAGCCCCGCCCAUCUGCUGUUCAAAUAUGCUGUUUGCAAGGAGCAACCAGAUAAAUAACUGUUAUUGUCAACUGAGAAUCAUACAAAACCACAUUAGUAGAGUUCAAGGAUAAAAACACGAAGGUGGAAAUAAGCAUAAUGUUUCCACUUUAACUGUCAAACACUGCAGUGGUAAGCAUCCAGUGGGUGCUGUGGUUGUCUGAAAAUGGUCAUAUUAAUGAAGUUAAAUGAAGGCAAUAAGUUAUGCUGAGCCUGUUUAAAAUUGCUGUUCCCUGACCCAAGUGGAGGAAAAUAUAGCAUGACAAAUAGCAUAAAUGCUUGUGCUGAGUAUGAAAUAGGGAGGUGGUUGGUAAUCUAAUGCUGCAGUAAAUGCUGGUCAGAUUCCUUCAGGAGAACAUUUUCUAAAAAAAUGGACUUUGCGUUGGUGAUUUAAAAGUCCUUGAACCUCAGAAUAGCUACAGACACUCAUUUGUCUGUUUCUUUUUGUGUAGAUUACAUAAAUACUUGGUUUUGAGAGUGCGUUUGCUAAAGGUGGAAGUUAAACUGCUCUUUAACUUCUGUCUGAAAGAGGCCUCUGAGCAACAAAGAACACACAGCAGGCAGGAAGCAGGUUAAUGGAGUGGGUGCAAAUUGGUACUUGAUUGCUGUGGUUGGCUGUUCUUUCUUUUUUUUUCCUGAAUUGGACUGCUGUCACACAGUUCAUGAAAUGAAUUGCGUGUGGGUGGCAUAGGGAGCGGAAGUAUUUUUCAUUCUAUUUUCCUCUUUUGAUGUGUCACAUCAGGCAAAGCAUCUCUGCUGUAUUUUUUUUCACAUGUUCCAAGCAAAGGAUGAGAAUAAAAGAGAUGUGGGCCUCAGCGUUUUUCUGACCUGUUGACCGUCUCCGUAAUCCUGAAGAUCUGCCACGAAGUCAGCCUGACUCUGCCACGUAAGCGGGUGCAGGAUCAGUGCUGAAGAGGCAAUUACUUUAUUUUUCAGGGUGGAUAAAGGCAUGGAAGUAGGAGACUUUAUUCAGUGUUAUGAGUACUGAAUCAGUAUUGCAUCAGAAACCAUUCUUAUAUACGUACCAUGCUGUUAUCUCUCAUAAAAGAGAGUUUUCUGCUAUACCUCGGUUGUAGUAGUUGGGCUACGUUACAUUAAAACUGCUCUGUCAUUAAUCUAUAAAAUGGGUGUCAGCAUUUGCAACGAGAAGACUUUAAAUUAUGCACAAGCAACGUUGCACAUAAUUUAAAUAUUUACACCAGCCACCAGCCUGAGAGAUCAGCUCUAACUUACUGCCGUGGACACAGCGUGGUUUUCUCCUCCCAUUCCCAGCAGGAGAUGUACUAGUUAAAAGGCAGCUAGCGAGGAAAAAUGGCUAUCUACAGUAUGAGCUCUCUCGCCUCCCUCCAGCUUUACCCUCCCCGUGUGAGGAAAGGUCUGUUGAAAAGAGCGGCGGCAAACACUCUCCACAGCAUGCUUCUGCCUUUCUCUCAUAGCGCUCAAUUAAUCUAGGUGCUCAAGUGGUACAAAGUAGCUUUUGCAGUGCAGAGAUCAGCCAGCAAGCUCUCACUUCAUAGUGGGAACACUAGAGGAGGGAGGGGGUCUGCAGAGCGUGCGCGUCAAAAUUCAAAACUCAACAGAGGCACGCAUGUUUUACUCCCACUCUGCUCUACGUACAGCCCACCUAACACGGUGAAUAUAAAGGAGAAGUUUGGACCGGAGACCAGAUUUUACUUUAUUUUCUCCUAAUGUGAGGAUCCCAGCAUAUCACUGGAUUUUUUUCCCCUCCGUUUUCACUCUCAAGCCGACCCAGUUGUGGGAGGGAAAGUGUGCGAAAUCUAGCAGGACUUCUAGAUCACUAAGCGAGAAAGUCUAGAGGGCAUCAUGGGAGCUUUAAUGGUCAUCUUCUCUCUUCAGCCAAAACAAAGACGCAAGACAGACAGCGUCGAAGACGAGCUGGAACUAUCGGCAGUCCGCCAUCGCCCAGAAGGCCUGGAACAACUCGAAGCACAGACGCGGUUCUCCCGAAAGGAGCUACAGAUUCUUUACCGCGGCUUCAAGAAUGAAUGUCCCAGCGGGGUCGUCAACGAAGACACUUUUAAAGACAUCUACGCACAGUUCUUCCCGCAAGGAGAUGCCUCGACAUACGCACACUUCCUGUUCAAUGCUUUUGACACGGAUCACAAUGGCUCUGUGAGUUUUGAGGAUUUUGUUAUGGGUCUCUCUAUCCUCCUGCGUGGCACAGUCCAGGAAAAACUCAACUGGGCCUUCAACCUUUAUGAUAUCAAUAAAGACGGAUAUAUCACUAAAGAGGAAAUGCUGGACAUCAUGAAGGCCAUCUACGACAUGAUGGGAAAAUGCACAUACCCCGUCCUCAAAGAGGAGACGCCCCGUCAGCACGUAGAAGUAUUCUUUCAGAAGAUGGAUAAGAACAAAGACGGCGUGGUAACCAUAGACGAGUUCAUCGACUGUUGCCAAAACGAUGAAAACAUCAUGCGAUCGAUGCACCUCUUUGAAAACGUUCUUUAAUUUUCGGCUGGCUGUGGAGGAUUUGGAAGAGACCAUCAUCUUUAGCUUGGCCCAGUUACUGACUUGGACUCAUACUGUGUACAGUGUGCUAUGCAGACUUUUUGACCAUAGAUAAAGUUAUUCUUCAUUACAGAGGGCCUCAGUUGUAAGUAGGCGGUAUAGGCGUGGACACUCUGGAGCUGGUUGCCGCUUUCUUUUAAACAAAUUCGGGAAACUUCUAAGUGAAAUAGUGAAAAUGGAUUAAAAGGAGAUGCUUCAAAAUGAAACCAUUAACUUUAAGGUUGAUUUCCGCCUUCUGUCUCUGGAGUGUCUUUGUGUUUGCCGAACUCUGCCUAAGACGUCUAGCGAAAGGCUUCAGACAGAUUCUGUUCUGUUUUAUUUACUGCCAAAUCAGAUCACUGUGACUUUCUGCAGCAUUAGAAACACCCGAACAAAACAUCGGGUGUAACGUCACACUCCGUCUGCUUUUACAUUCCAGACCGGCUCCCAAUUCCAGAGUGUUCCCUCCCGAUUUAGUUAGCCAUCGUGGUCUGUCUUUCUGCUCUUUGAAGGAACUGUUUAGAGGGGGAAAAAAGGAAAAACAAUACAUUUUACCAUUUUAAACUGUACAUACUAUAAAAAACAUUAUUAGAUAAGAACUCUUUGAGAAAUUUUUGUUCUUGUUUACUUGCCAACUAGAAUGAGACAACACAAGGAUUGUAUUGAUGUCAAACUUGGACCAUAAUAUCGAUGGUUUGUCUACAGAAGCACACAGGUAGCUCUAUUUAUGAUGUUAUACAACCAUUUCUUUGUCACAGGAGAAAUGCUGCUUUCAGUGGAAUUCAUUUAACCUCAUGUAUGUAUAUUUCCUGUAAAGUAAAAUCAUCCAUCAGUAUGUUUUUCUUUGGGUUUUAUGAGUUUACACUAGGAGCAGUGCUUGGGAUUAUUUAUAAGGUGUUCAGGUCAUUGUACAGUAUUACAUGAAAAGUCACCCUCGGGUGAUUUUCAGGUCUUUAGAUUUGUUCAUAUGAGUCACUGUUUUUAAUAAGAAAGGCCAGUGGGGUUUGGUUAUUGGUACAAACUUUGUAUUAUACUCAUUAGUUUGGGUUUUCUUGCUGUUUCUCUCCUCCUCCUCCAUCCUGUGGGAUGCAGCUGCCCACACCGAUCCAGCCUGAUUGGUUUGAUUGGCUCCCAAAUGUUAGCAAAAACUACUGGAUUAUUGUCUCAAGUGUGUCUGAGUGUUUCUGUCUGACAUGCGCUCUCUUUUUUUCUUGCUCUUUUUCACAGAGACUUGGAUAUUAGACACAGGAAGUAGGCAGAAAUACGACUUAUACUUGAGAGCUGUGGUUUAUGGUUAAUGUGUCGCAACAUUUAAUGGUUCAUCAUGUUUGUCCUUCGAAGUGUACAGUGUGUUUCUACGAUGUAUCACUGGGAGUCGGGAACAUAUGAACCUCCUCGGUGAGGCAUGUUAAUCAUCCAUAAUUUAGUAAAGAAAAUGACACUUUU